AUGACUGCACAACAAACCCUUAUCACCUUCGUCUGCGCCCUGGCUUGCUGUACACGAAGCCUUCAUGCCCUGGAGACGACCAUCGAACCACCCCUCGCCCCACUCCUAGAGACCACGCAAGCCCCAGCUGAGCCCCUUGCCUACAUUCAACUGAAUGCUGCUGCCCCGCGCGAUGCGACACACCCAACGCCCGAGUCUGCUGCUCAUGCCGUCCAUGUGCUAAUUGAAGGAGUAGAUGGUGUGAUCGACUUUGAUCUACACACCAGUACACCGCUGCUAUUAGCUGAGGCGGUUGUUGAGCCCCGGGACGAGAUCUUGACGGCCGUCUACGUGCAGAUUUUUCCCUUUCAGAAUGGAGAGCGCAUUCUUUUGGCAGCCGAGGUGGCUGAAGCACAUCAUGUCACGACCAAAUUGAAUGCACACGAAGGCAUCUUCACGAUUCAGGGCCCUCUCACAGGCGCUCAAGCCAAGACUUUGCUUUCCGCCAUUUCCUUCGCGGCCCUCUCUGCCGUCGAACGCACAUUUCAUGUGCGGAUCAAUUUCCAGGACUUACUGCCUUGCGAUGCGUUUGCAACGCUGCGGGGUCGUCACAUCACCACGAUACCAGCCACGAGCAUCACGACACUGAGUCCCCAAGCGUCAACCGCGCCAAGUGUGGGUGGUGCUGCUGCCUCCUCAGGCGAUGCGGCGCUCGACAGCACCAUUGACGCCACUGAGACCAUUGAGACCACACCGUUGAGCACCAAUGGCCCGACUAUUUCCACCGCUCUUGAUUGGUCUCUGAUCACGCUACAUGAUGCUGUCCGGACCACGGCGAGGUUUGCAGGCAUCGCUCGCCUAUUGGACCAAGCAGGUGCCCUGUCACUGCUGGAGGAGCAUCACGUGUUUAGCGUAGUAUUGCCCACAGAUGAGGCUCUUGAGCGUGCAGCUGAAUGGCGGACCACGGUGCAGAGUCACCCUGCUGCUUUGGCGGCUGUGGUGGCUGCGUACACCUUCCCAGGUUUUGUUACGCCCGCGACCUUGCAGGGUGUGAAUGCUCUCACCAACCAGCAGGGGGCUGCCAUGAGUGUGUACCGCUCCUCCUCCACCAACGCCAUGACAAUCAAUGGCAUGACCGUGGUGGACCAUGCAGUCACGGCCAAUGGCGUGGUACUGCUCGUCGACGGAGUGCCGUCGCUGAGCAGGACCACAUUGGUCCCAGCCGAUGUCAUCACGACUCAGACUCGCUUCUCCACCUUUUUCUUCCUCCUCCGGCAGGCUGGCCUGGAGAAUUUGCUCUACGAGCCAUACCUUGUGCUAGCACCAACCGAUGCAGCCCUCCAAACGCUCAACAUGCUGCUGCUCCCCACGACUUCAGAUGCACGAGCAGCACUUCAACGCUACUUGCAAGCACAUUUCAUUCCCUUUGAGGCGACUCGGCCCUUUGCCAAUCAAUCAAGCGACACCCCAGCUGGUCCGCUGCGCUUAACUUUUACGGCAGCCCACGUGCACGUCAAUGAUGUGCUCGUUCUGCGUUCGAACAUCAUCAACCUUGAGGCCGGUGCCGUCGUCCCCUUGCCUGCGCCAGCGCUGGACACAACCAUGCUGACAUCUGCGGUUUGGGAAGCAGCAACGGCACCGGCGGCAGCGACGCUCACUCGAUUCUCGUCCCCCAUGACCACGCCGACGCCAUCAACGACAAGAGUCACGACUACUCCUUGUACCACAACCAAAACCUCGCUCCGUUUGCCCUUGAAGUCAGCCUUGGUCCUGGGCACGUGGGCGUCGGCAGCGUCAUGGCGCAUGGUUCUGGGUGAGUCGUCUCCUGUGCACCUGUUAAGCACGAGCGAGGAUGGCGCCAUGUUGGUGUUCUCAGCUGAUCAGUUGGCGAGCAGUGGAUCUUAUCGCGUGGGUGUGGAGUUUGUGGCCCGGGCUGGCUUGUGCCCGGCGGCCGUGCAGGUGACAACCGCAACGACAGGGUUUCGCGUUGCCGUUGACCAGGCGGUCGAGCACCAGGCAGCGCAUGACCCGCCAGCAGAUGCAGAGACGCUGCUGAUUGCCGACAUUGGUGCCGUCGACCUGAUCGCGCAGAGCGCAUCGCAGACCAUUGUCAUCUCCAAAGGCACCAGGCCCCGCUGCACUGGCUCCAUUAACGUGGUGGCCAUACACUUGUCACAAGUUGUGGCCUGUGAAUAA